AUGCCCAUCAGCAUGGCCAUCCAGCCCUCGCCGGCUUUCCCGUCGACCACUCUCAAACCCACCUCAACCUCCUCGUCCAAACCCUCAUCAUCAACCUCUCAACCCCUACCUCUCCUCUCCCUCCCCACCGAAGUCCUCGAACAAAUCGCCCUCUACCUCCCGACCCUCCUCCCCAUCUCCCACACCCACCGCCUCCUCCGCCUCAUCAUCCACCACCCCUCCACGCAACGCAAAUGGGUCCGGCGCUGGUUCACCAAACACCACGCGGGGAGCUGGGAAGUGCUCUUCCGCGCCAACGAGACGGUAUGGAAGCGAUUAGCCGACGGCACCAGCAGCGUACCGUUCGGCGCAACCGACGAAUGCGGUAGCGUCAAUCGGUUUGCGGUCCGCGACGCCGUGAAGGAGGGCAUGGGGAUGUGGGAAGGGGAUGUGAUUGCGACGUUGGGGUGUGUGAGGGGGAUGUUGAGGAGUUUGUUGGCUGUGGCGCCGUAUACGCCGGCGAGCGAGGGGAGAGAUGCGGAUGCGGAGGUUGGGGAUGUGGGUGCGGCCCUGACGGAGCGGGAGUUUUGGAAACGGGUUGCGAUGUUUGCGAGUUAUUUUGGACAGGUGGAGGCUGUGGACGUGGCCUUGAAUGCUCUUGCGAGGUUGCCGGCGGUGAUACCCAGUGAAGACGCUGCGAAGGGACAACCGAAAAGCGAGGAUUUUGCUAGUGUUCUCGCUCGGGCGCUGCACUGUGCUGUCCUCGGCGGCGCCAAACCGACGGUCAUGUACCUUCGCACUCGCCACAACGCCGUGCUGAGCCUGAGCGACCACUCGGCCACGGGAGAUGACACGGACACUCUGAUGACAUGGUGUCAGGAUCUCGAAGAGAUCGUUAUGGACGAGAUUGGCGAAAGCAUGAUGGCGGACGAGGUCACUUCCGCAGAAAUGCUCGCGCAGGAGAGGAGGAACAAAGGCCGUGCCGACUCUCUCACAUGCUUUGUGGACGCACUGGACGAGGCAAACAGGGCCGAAGCAACGGACAAGCUGAUCUGUGCGGGGAUGGGGAACGAGGCGGUCCUGAGCGUCUUGUUGCGCAGGGGCGCAGUCGGUGGGGAUGUCCACCAGGCUGCGAUCGCUCACCUUGUGGAGCGAUACCUUCCAGCGUGGAACUGUCAAAGCGGUGUUCCACCACCGCAGGUCCCGCCGACGCAUGUUCUAAAUGCGCUCCUACACGGGGCCGUACGGGCCGGCAAUGAGAAGUUGGUGAUGGCCCUCGCACCGGUCGCUGACCGCACCCACAUCCUCAUCGCCGCACUCCGCAUCGCCGUAACAUCGAACUUCAACGCCGCAACGGACAUGGACCCGGAUCACGCAAACCUAGCAAUCACCCAAACCCUCCUCCAGCGCCUCCCCUCCGUCCUCUUCACGCCCUUCACAUCCUCCUCCCCACCCGCCUACGGCCUCCACACAACAGCCCACGCCCUCAAAGACCUCCUCGAACUCAUCCUCCUCACCGCCCGCCCGGACGUCGUGUCCCACCUUUCCGACGCCCGCCACAUCUCCCUGUCGCAUCCGUCCGCGUCGCCGAUCGUCUCGUCCCUGCUCGUCUCGGCCGUCCUGCACACCAACCCGACCCAACCCGUCUCGCUGUCGCCGUUGGGCGAACUGCGGCCGUCGGACAUCCCGUCCAUGGUGACCCGAUCAUCGAUAUCGCUGUCGUCGCCGCGGAACACGACCAGACACAUCGCCCGUGUGUUCGCCGGGCUGGAUGCCCUGCACACCGGCUUGCGCAUGGACGUUGGCCGGGAUGCACGGCAGGCGCUCGUGCUCGCCGCCGAGUUUGGGAACAGGGCCGCGGUCAAGUGGAUGUUGGAGCGGGACGGGCAGGGGGUGUUGAAAGAGACGAGUGAGAAGGCGUAUGCGAGGGCGGUGGAGGCGGUGGGGAAGGGGAGGAUUGGGGAUGAUGUGUUGAGGGAGUUUUGGGAGCGCGGGGUUGGGGGUGGGGUUGAGACGGCGUAA